GGACAAGUUUGGCACGUGAUGUUCAAGUAGUUUGACUGGGUAGACAUACGCAGAUAUACUUAGGUGUGUCUGUCAGUCAGCUGAUGUAUCAAGAUUUGUAAAUUUAACGAUCAGUCUCUUUUAAACAAAUUGUUUUAUUGCCCUUGUUUUUGUUUUAAUCACAAUGGCUCUACACUCCGCAGGAAAGGGUAAACUCCUUGCUGUGAUCGGUGACGAGGAUACUUGCGUGGGAUUCCUUUUAGGCGGAGUUGGCGAGAUUAAUAAACAUCGUCAACCAAAUUUCAUGGUUGUCGAUAAAAAUACAGCUGUGAGUGAUAUAGAAGACACAUUCAAACGCUUCAUCAAACGAGACGAUAUUGAUAUUAUACUUAUCAAUCAAAAUGUUGCUGAAAUGAUCCGUCAUGUAAUUGACAGCCACACACAACCCAUACCAUCAGUAUUAGAAAUCCCAAGUAAGGAUCAUCCAUACGAUGCUAGUAAAGAUUCUAUCCUAAGGCGUGCUAAGGGGAUGUUUAAUCCAGAAGAUAUACAUUAAAUGUACGUAUAUAAGAAACAGAAGUUGAUGAUUUCCCUGCUACUUGUUAAUCAGUGUACGUAAAAUUGUUCUUUAUUAUAGAUUGCGUAGAAAAAAAAUAGAAAAAUAUACAACAUUCCAUUACUUAAUGUUUCAAAAAUUACCAAUAUCUGUACAGACGUGUGGUAUCAGUAAAAUCAGUUUUAAACAAGAAAAUCAUAUUUCAAAAACAAGUGGUUAUAAUGUUAUAUGCAUAAAUACUUAAUUAUGUAAAUAAACAUGUACGGUGUAUAAAUAUACAAUACAUGUAGUAAAAUAUA